AUGCAGUUACCUCCAAUGCUUGAUUCAAGCAACAAUGUGUUGUUCUUGGGAAGAUCAACCAAUCCAUCUCUCGUUGAUCCGAACCGAGUGUUGAAUCUCCACAAUCAGAUGGGGGAUGUAGUAGCUCCUCAGAGAACAAGUUACCUCAUUGAACCACCCACUUUGCCUCCAACCGUGUCAGCUAUAGCUCAAUCAGUACGAGUUUUAUACGGUAAAGAUUCUACUACCAUUCCACCGUUUGUGAUACCAGAGCCGCCACCUCCUGUUCCCAGAGAUCCAAGACACCACAGUAUGCGAAAGAAAAUGAAACGUAAAUCACGUCCGUCAACUCAAAUGGCUACAGAGAUUGCUAAUAGCAGCCACAAUGUCGCAGAAAGCAGCUCUCAAGGCAAUCCACCAGCUCCUCCAUUGCCUCUAUCAGGUGAACCAGCUUCGUCCGAGCCAAUCAGAGUUCCAGCUCCUACAGAAGAACCAUCUCAAGUAACUAAACCAAGUCUAGAUGAAGUCACUUGUACGUCAAGAUCUGUAUCGCCAGAGAGCAAAGUCUCUGAGCCUAAAUCUACCAACCAGGAUGGAGACUCAGAUUUAGACACCUGUGAGGCUGAUCAACUUGAGAAUCAUUUAGACGAUAAGCCUAUGGAUGUGGAACAAGAAUCUGAAAAUGCGUCAAACAAGCAAUGUGAGCCAACAGAGGCUGAAACUCCAAACAUGGACGCAGAACAGUUGCGUUGA